GUUUGUCGGUUGAUGACGUCACAGAAACGUUCAGACCCUCACUCUCCAUCUGUGAAGUAGAAAUAAACGGAUGCCCUAGAAAUCAGUAUGGUAGCCCCUGCAGACCCUGCUUUGAAAACUGUGAACAGUGUAACGCUAUCAAUGGAUCUUGUAUUUGCAAAGCUGGGUAUACCGGAGAAAACUGCACAGAUGAGUGUUCGAAUAAUACAUAUGGUGCAAACUGUAUGUACAGUUGUGGGCAUUGCUUUGGUGGUAUUUGUGAUCACGUGACUGGAAAUUGUUCACUCGGUUGUACUGCAGGUUGGACAUCAACAAACUGUGAUCAAGCUUGCAAUACAAGUUGGUAUGGACGUGAUUGUUCACAGCAAUGUAGCAGUCACUGCAUAACGCCGUACCUAUGUGACAGAUAUAAUGGAACUUGCCAGGGAGGAUGUGCUCAAGGAUGGAUAAAUGAUACUUGUGACAAAGUUGACACGGAUUUUUGUGAGUAA